GUCGUUUCCGUGGCAACCAACUGCGCGUCCUCUGGGUAGAGGAGCGGGCCGAGCGGCGUCGGCCAGUCGAGGGCGAGGGCAAACAUGUCCAUACUCACUUCCCCCAGAGGAAAAGUAGAAGUAGUGCACUGCCGAAGAACAGAAUCACAGGAUAUUUACUGUAUCAAAAACCUCAUGAGAAAAUUUACUCAGAAGCUGUUUGGGAGGCUUAAUAUCAUCUAUCUUUUAGAAAAGGCAAAUCUUGCUGUCACCCUCUGCAAUGAUAAGGAGGAGAUCAUGGCCCAUGCAACCUUCGUGGACUAUCCCAACUGGAAUGUGGCUGAGCAGGACAACUGGGUGUCAGUGUUCCGAGAGCUGGACCAUGAAAUCCCAUGCACACCUUUGAACACGCUUUUCAUGCACCUCUUCGUGGCUGUGGAUGAGUUCUCCAUAGGCUGCUGCAAAGAGAUCAUUCGGUCUGUGUUUAAGGCAGUGCCAGAACUGCAUUUCAUAUUCCUCAUAGUGCCAUCCUACAUGAGCCUAGGCUCAACUCUCAUAACUGUGUUUGACCAAGUGGGGAACGUUCCUUGUUUGAAGUAUGAUGAAGACUUUGCAGUACAUAUAUGUCACAGACACGACCACUACCCGCAGCUACACGUGCGCAAAGCCAGGGUUGAAGACCAUGAUGACCUUAUGCCAAUAUUUAUGCACUAUGAUAGCAUUUUGAAGGAAACUUAUGGUGAAUACUUCCUGGCUGAGCUCAUAGAAGCCCAAGAUGAAGAGAAUCAUGCCGUCGUUUGUGAGGUGGGAGGUCUGGCCGUUGGAUUCAUGAACGUGUGUUCAAGAGUGAACUUGUCCCUACUGCAUGAGUGUUUCGACCUAGGCCCCUUCCAUGGAUUUUGUGUCCCACAUCCUGAUGAUGUUCUGGAACCAUCACAAAAAUCAAGUUCUCAAGGAAGUCCAGGUUCUGGGUCCAGGAAUGAUAGCCAGAGUUCCCAGAAGAUACCUGAGGAGCCAAGGGAAUCUGCUUCUCUAGAAACUAUGGAGAACAUCCAGGAGGAAGUCAUUGAGGAAGAUACAUCUGCAGAGCUUCUAUCAGCCAUCCUCAGUGGGGCCUCCAAGGAAAUACAGAUCAUAGAAAGAGAACUCAGCCUGCUUUCCACUGCUGAUGAGCUGUAUCCCAAUAUCAGCAGUGGCAGUUCUAUAUUCCAGUCCUCCUUGCUGCAGGGGGAGUCUAGCCACUUUCGCCCCAUCUACCGAGGAGCCUCAUCAGCAUUUUGUAUUCAGCUUUUUUGUAUUGAUGAGAAAUAUGAGGCAAGGUCUCUGGAUUUUAUGGAUUUUGUUUUUACACUUUUUCCUGACAAGAACUUCUGCCUGAUUUCUGUGCCCCAUCUCACCCCAGAGUUUGCCCUCAUCCAGAACUUUGUGAAGGUUGUCCCCUUCAACAACUGUACCCUGGAGCAUGAUCUCUAUGUGUUCCAUCGGGCUGGCUUGCUCAGGUCCAUUAAUAUAAGAUUAGCCACUUAUAAAGAUACUGAUGGUGUUGAAAAUCUUGUCAGCACCCUGAUGCUAAAUAAAAAGAUAAUGGAGGAUUUAAUCCAAUACAACGAGGCUUGCAGAGACCCUGAUGGAACACCAUUGCAGGUGUUUGUAGCUGAGGUCGCAGAACAAAUAGUUGGCAUUGCAGUAAUCAGAAAUGAAAUGGAUGUAGAGUACAUACGGUCUCAUUACAACAUUGAAGAUUUCAUCUACUUCACCCACCACCAGCGAGAAGAGCAUGGGCGCUUGCACCACUUUGCUCUAAACCCAAUUUUCCGACACUACACAAAGUUUUUUCUGAAGGAGAUUUUUCGUUUAGGCUUUAAGUCCUGUCUCUACUACCUUGUUUACCCACAGUCCCGAGAAGGCAAGUUCCAGAACCCCUACGCCCACUCCCUGACAUCUGCCCUUCAUUACUUGGUUCCCGUGCGACCACGACGACAGAUUGUCUAUCCUCUGGAAAAGCUUGGCAUAAACGCUCCAUCAAAGGCGGUCUCCAAGGAUCCGCCAGGUUAUGCCUUGAAUCAUACAAACAGAAAACUAACGCUAGAACCUAAAGUAACUGUCAAUGCCAGAAUUGUUGUGGUUGGUGCAUCCAGUGUUGGGAUUUCGUUCCUAGAGACACUGGUAUUUUGCUCUCACCUGAAGUUUAAUAAUCUCACGCUGAUUUCUACUCAUGGACUCCCAGGAAAAAAGCUUCUGGGCAAUGAGCAAAGAAAGUUUCUAGCAAGCGACCACUGUUUUAAUGAUAAAGAUUACACACUGAUGUCUCUGUGUUCCUGGGUUAAUGUUGUGGUUGGUAGAAUGACUGGCAUAGACCGAGCAGCCAAGCAUGUUGUGGUUUCCGAGGAUAAAGUCGUGUUCUAUGACCACCUCAUUCUCUGUACUGGGCAGCAGUACCAGAUCCCAUGUCCAUCAGGGGCUGAUAUUAGUCGGCGCCCCACAAACAGAGAGGUUGUGGACAGCAGGAAUCUGCCAUACACCGGCAAAGUUCCCUGCAACCUUUUCAUCCUCAAUGAUGAGGAAGAUUGCUUAAAGGCACUGAAUUGGAUAAGGAGAAACUCCCUUACCACAGAAGGGAAUGUCAUUGUCUAUGGGAGUACAAUUGAUGCUUACACCACUGUAGAGACGCUCUUACACAUUGGCCUGAAAGGGACUCGUAUCCACCUUGUGCAUCCGCCAUCUGACUCCACCAUCACCUGCCUCAACAACUAUGUGGUGGAAAAGGCUGUGAAGGAUGCUCUCAGCACAGCAGGGGUGACCACCUACUGGGAAGCACUGUUGGCUCAGUGGAAUGAUGGCCUGGACCCAGACCCCAUCCGCAGUGCAGGAUUCACCACACGCACCAAGCCUUUCAGACUGGAGUGUGAGAUGUUCUUCAGCUUCUGUGAGAAGAAUGUAGAUUAUGAAACGUUCAAAGCACUUAAUGAUGCAUGCCUUGUCUAUAAUGGCCGGCUUGUGAUUGAUACCAACUUCCACACCAAUGACAUCGCCAUCAGAGCUGCUGGCCCCCUCACUAAAUUCUCUAACAGAUAUUACUCAGAUGAGUGGACUCACAGCAACUUUAGCUCCAAAGAAAUUGGCUUCCAGCUGGCAGCGGCUAUGCUCUGCCUUUUUGAUCCAACCCUUGAACCUGUGACUGAGCCACCAGCUGAUCUUGAUCGACUCAUCCCCAUGUACAAGGGAGCAAAGAUACAAGGAGGCAUCCUUCCCGGGUCUUACUAUUAUCUGCAUAUUUCCAAACCGGCUGUCCCAAGUCCCUUGGAGGUACAAAGGGCCCAGCCUGAUUUUGGAUCAGAAGUAGUAACAGGAAAUGCAUAUGAUGGGACGUACUUUCGACUUCACAUUAACAAGUACAGGAUGGUGGAGGCCAUCACAUGCCUUUCGAAGGAGCCUUUCCCAGUCUCCAACUAUGCCCGCUUGUUUGGACAGCAUGAAGUAGCCCUCAACAAUCUGUGUGCUCGUUAUGAAAGCCAUUUGAUCAAAGACCUCUACAGCUACUUCACAGAGUCGUGGUGCAUGGCCCUCUUCCACGAUCGGUUUAUUGAUCUCAGGAAAGAGUUGCGCCAAAUAUUAACCUCCAAGAAGGAGGAAGACUUGCCUACCAUGGAAGAGCUGGCCCACCAGAUAGAAGAUGAGGAAAUAAACCUGAAUGAGAAGCCCCAGAAAUACCUCCAAAAGGUCUUCCAGGAGUCCAUUUACAAGUCCCUGGUGGAGAGGAGCAUCCUGGACUACCUGCACUACAACCGGUACCACCUGCCCAUGUACGCGUGGCCUGGCAUCCUUUAGCUGUGGCCAGCAUCUCCCCAGCCGUUGCCUCCCAGCUGCGGUUAGCUCUUUCGCUCUUUCC